CAAAGCUGCCCCCACAUGGAUGCUGAAGCUGAACCGCAUUUGCUUGCGGUCACUCGCUCACCCACCGGCAGACGUACAGGGGCGCGAGAAGAUAAGCCCAGCGACAUGGCAUGGCCACUGCCUCUGCUCCUUCUCCUCCUGCUCGCCACCGCCAACGCAGAGAUCGACGACCCGCCUCCGCCUCCUCCUGCCCCGGCGCGGUGGCCGGAUCAGUUCCACGCGGUGCUGUUCACGAACCUGACGAACGUCUCCACGGCGUCGACGGGCCCGCCGCUGCGGCUGACGGACCUCUACUACGACUGGCCCCGGCGGCGCAACCUCAACCUCGUCCGCCACCAGCUCUCCGCCGACCCGCUCUACGACGUCGAGUGGGACAACGGCACCACUUUCUACUUCGACACGGCCACCUGCCGCACCGAGCACUUCCCCGUGGGAGUCCUCCGCCCCGGCUGGCUCUCCGACGGCGGCGCCGUCUAUCUCGGCCGCCAGAGCACGGGCGGGAUCGAGUGCCAUGUUUGGGGAAAGGCCGGGUUCAUCGUCUACUACGAGGACGUGGUCACGCGCCGCCCCGUCCGAUGGAACUUCAUUGACGUGACAGGGAUAGAGCAGUUCGUGAUGAGCUUUGAGGUCGGUGUGGUGCUGGAAGAUGACGCCCAGUGGCAGGCGCCCGCGCACUGCUUCCCGGACGAUGACGACGAAGGGAACACGGAAGAUGACGGUCAUUUCACGACGACGAGCAGCAUGGAGGCGGCCAAGCUACUCAGGAAGCUUGCUGGAGCUGCAGCCUUCUGAUAAUGGACCAUAUGUGUGUGUAUUUUUGUUUCAUUUUCUUGCACGUGGAGCUAUUUGGAAAAACAGGAAGAAUGAAUUAAUUAUUUUUUAAAGGUGCGGCACGAGGAAGAUAAAACUAGCUCGACAUUUUAGAUUUCUAAUUUGUUUAUCUAUAGCAAAGCAUGGAAACUCUUCCGGUAAAAAAAGCAUGGAUACUUCAAUAAUUUGUAAAAAAAAUCAUUGUAAUCCUUUGAAAUCAUAAAUGUGCAAAAAACGUUGUGGGCUUAUUAA